AUGACUAAGUCAUUAUCCGGCGGGCUGACGACGUACUCGGCUUUUUACAGGCUCAUGCUCCUCCUAUGGAGGAGAAAUGCCUUGUGGAUCACUAGUUCAUCCUGCACGUCGUGGUCUCACUAUGUUCUUCGUCAGCUUUCUUCUACCGCCUUCGUCCUCCGCCUCAAUAUCAUUUGGUCCCGCUCAAAUACGAUACAAAUACGGGCGAGCGCUGAUGUUUUUUGGAGAGGAAAGAAACGCCUCGUGACAGAUCAGCAAGACGUCAACGUAUUUGAAUACUGCGAUGGCUGGGCACCGUCGAAACACAUUCAAGGUUUCGGUAUCGAUGAGGGUGGAAACAUUUGGGCCCAAGCUUUUGUCACGAAUGGACCCAACAUCGCUGGGGAGGUUGCUUGUGUCGAGUUACAGCUGAAGAAUCAUUCGCUCAACUGGGAGGCGUUAAAAUUUACCGACACAGUUACUGAGGUCGGGUUCAGAGGUCAGGAGUAUAUGGUCCCCCCUGGCAUUGAAGGUGUCGCCAACUUGGUGAUUAAUAUCCCUCGGUCUUCCCGUGGAUCUCACGGUGGUGCUUGCAUCAGCAAACCACUAGGUUCUGUACAGCUCUGUACAGCUCUGUACAGAGCUGCACAGCAUCCAAGCCAGACAGCUUGGUCCCUAUUAGACAGUUGA